AUGACAAACAUGUUAUUUAGACGCUCAAGCUGUGCUUUCCAGACAAGCCUGUCGGCUUUGCGGUCCAAUCGAACACGACCUGGCCAUGUUCGACAACUAGCGACUGCGGCAUCGAGUGCAGAUGCGUCUAAUCUACCACUUGCCGGCAUCAAAGUCCUUGACAUGACAAGAGUGCUCGCUGGACCGUAUUGCACGCAAAUACUAGGUGAUCUUGGAGCGGACGUGAUCAAAAUUGAACAUCCAACAAGGGGAGAUGACACACGAGCAUGGGGGCCGCCCUACGCCAAGUACACCGAUGAGCAACAAGGGCCGGGAGAGAGUGCAUACUACCUGGGCGUCAAUCGCAACAAGCGGUCGAUAGGUCUGUCCUUCCAGCAUCCAGCUGGUGUAGACAUUCUACAUCGUCUGGUCAAGGAAUGUGACGUGCUCGUUGAGAACUACCUCCCGGGAUCUCUGGCAAAGUACGCCAUGGACUAUGACACCGUCUCAAAGAUCAAUCCGGGUAUCAUCUACGCCAGCAUCACAGGUUACGGACAGACUGGACCGUACAGAAACAGAGCAGGCUACGAUGUCAUGGUUGAAGCCGAAAUGGGUCUAAUGCAUAUAACUGGAGCUCGUGAUGGGCCACCUGUGAAAGUAGGCGUAGCAGUAACCGAUCUCACAACCGGUCUCUACACCUCCAACUCCAUCAUCGCUGCUCUCUUCCGGCGCCUGAGAAACCCAAGCAGCAAGGGCCAACAUAUCGACGUCGCCUUGUCAGAUUGCCAAGUUGCCACACUAGCAAAUAUCGCCAGCUCUUGCCUGAUUAGUGGGAAGCGCGACACUGGGCGCUGGGGGACCUCACACCCGUCGAUCGUACCGUAUAAAGCCUUCAAGACGUCUGACGGGGACAUCUUGCUGGGAGGAGGUAACGAUAGACUGUAUGGUGUGCUAUGUAACAAACUGGGAAAGCCUGAAUGGAUUAUUGAUGAUAGAUUCAAGACGAACGCGUUGAGGGUUCAACACAGGGAUGAAUUGGAGGAACUUAUUGAAAGAGAGACGAGAAAGAAGAGUACACAGGAGUUGCUAGACUUGCUAGAGGGAAGCGGAAUGCCAUACGCUGCUAUCAACGACGUACAGGAUACAAUGAACCACGAACACGUCCUCGCAAGAGACAUGGUCAAGCAAGUAGAUCACCCAGCAUGCGGAUCUAUCAAACUAGUCAACACGCCCGUGAAAUGGUCUGAUUCGACGCCUGGCAUACGUCUUCCUCCACCCACCCUGGGCCAGCAUACGGACGAGAUACUUGUUGAAACACUGGCUCCACAUGGAUUUGGUGCACCACAGUCGACUGACACUUGGCCUGCAUCUCCAAAGACGAAAUCAACACAACCAAACAUGGAGCCUCCGUCGCGACCCUCGAGUUCGUUGUUCGAUGUCUUUCUGCGUCUGCGCCCAUCCAACUCUGCGAGUGCGCGCUUCCUCAACGUCGAAGAGAGCGAGAGCAGCCAUGCCACGCACAUCACCAUACAACCGCCUACCCAAGACAAGCGCAAGCGCGCUGUUGAACGAUUCGCAUUUACACAAGUCUUUGAGGAAGAUGCGCGACAGAUGGAUUUGUUCAAGGGCACUGGUGUGAUUCCCAUGAUUGAGGGCGUCAUGGGCACACCAGGCCACCACGGGCGAGAUGGACUGCUGGCAACCCUGGGCUGCACUGGAUCGGGCAAGAGCCAUACCAUCCUUGGUACCAAGUCCCAGCGCGGCCUCGUCCAGAUGACGCUGGAUACUAUCUUCCAAGCAUGCGACGAGCAGCUUGUACAGUCCUUCUAUGGUGCUCCGGCCUUCUCUUCACUGGCAGCAGCAGAUGUGUCUGAAGCGCAAAUGUUCACAGCAACCGCAUACAUCGACUCCAUGUACGGCGACGAACAGUCCGGACGCUACUCACGAGCGCAGACUCCCAUGGCAGACUGUAGUAUAUUCUCCACAGGAAGCACGUACAAAUCAAAUAAGAUGCCGCGUCCGUCAACGCUACCAUCGUCGCCUUCUGUCGCCGACAUCCAGAUACCCACAGACCCCGAUGCAGAAUAUGCCAUCGUCAUGUCCAUGUACGAAGUAUACAACGACCGCAUCUUCGAUCUGUUGAGCGGAAACACGGCAAAGAACAAGCAGCCAAACGUAAAACGAAGGGCUUUGCUCUUCAAGAAUACUGAGAAAAGUCCAGAUCGAAAGGUUGUUGCUGGUCUCACCAAGAUCAUCUGCGGAAGCUUCGAAGAAGCCAUGAUGGUACUGGAGACUGGUCUCAUGGAGCGCAAAGUCACUGGUACUGGGAGCAAUGCUGUGAGCUCGCGAAGCCAUGGCUUCUUCCAUAUCGAGAUCAAGAAGAGGGCUGCAGAACCCAAAGGUCCCUGGUCAAGCAGUAACCUCACCAUCGUUGACCUGGCAGGAUCAGAACGCGCCCGAAAUGCCAAAACUGCGGGAGAGACACUUGCCGAAGCUGGCAAGAUCAACGAGUCCCUCAUGUAUUUGGGUCAGUGUAUGCAGAUGCAGUCCGAUAACCAAGGAGGCUCAAAGAACAUUGUGCCAUUCCGUCAAUGCAAGCUUACCGAACUGCUUUUCUCAAACUCAUUCCCUGCCUCUGCCCGCCAAGCACAAUCGCACCGCCAGCCUCAGAAGUCCAUCAUGGUCGUAACUGCAGACCCCAAAGGCGAUUACAACGCCACAUCUCAGAUCCUUCGCUAUUCAGCCCUGGCUCGCGAGGUCACCGUGCCGCGGAUGCCGUCUACCUCAGAAACGAUCUUCUCUGGUGCGCCACACAAGCGCCCUGGUACAGCUUCGUCAGGCCGCGCGACUCCUUCAGGCCGUACAACUCCUUCGGUCGUCAUGGAAGAGCUCGAAUAUGCCAACGCCGAGAUCGCACGCCUCACAGCAGAAAUGGAAAUCUUCGCCCUUCGCCUCUCCGAAGAGACAGCUCGCCGGAAAGCAGCCGAAUCGUCUUGGGCCGCAGUCGAAGACCACAUGGUGGACCUUGAACAGGAAAUUCGCGACGAAUGUUAUCUUGAGAUGGAAGCAGCCGUCGACCAAGAACGUCGAAGAUGGCAAGCUGCCCUGGACAAUGAGCAAGACAACCAGCAAGCACACAUAGAUGCCAAGGUCGACGUCGUCAUCCGAGCAACAAAGGCACAGAUGAAACAAGAUAUCAAGGUUUAUGAAGACCCAGAUCCAGAACUCAGAGACAGGGUCGAUGAGCUGGAACGUGAAAACGAGAUGCUACGGGCCAAGUUGGAAGCCAAAGAGCGUGAGACGCAGCAAAGAUCUGCGAGCCCUGUGAAGAAGAUGAGGAUUCUUAAGAGUAAGAAGUGGGAAGAUCCUGAACGCGCAAUGGGCGGAUUGAGCAUCGAUGAUGAAUGA